CAGAACAAGAAAUCGCCGGCAGAAAUUCCUUACGGACGCAAACUUAGAACGAUUCACAACUCAAUGUUACCGCCGACACCCAAACGUGCCGACGCAUAAUUUCGGAAUGAAAAAAUUUGAUGUUGGUGACCCUAUUUAUGUCCGCAACUAUCGAGCAGGAUAUAAACCCUGGAAUAAAGGUUCCAUCGCAGCACGACGUGGUCGAGUUAUGUACGACGUGAAAGUUGGUAAUGAUUUAUGGACCCGUCACUACAAUCAGUUGCGUCCAAGAAACUCAAAUAUCCCUACCAGCACACAGUCAUCUCUACCUCUGGUUAUACUCUUAGAUAAUUUUAACUUACCUACGACUGACAAAACAGAAAAGCAAAAUUGCGCAGCUCAGACAACUCCAGACAGAGCAGAAGCCGCAAAUUCAACAAGUAGACGAAGCAACAGACGUCGACAACAAACUGAACGGUUUCAGAUAAACCCCAGGUAAGCACGCUAUUAAUCAUCAAUCUUCUCAAAAGGGGAGGUGAUAUGUAUCCACGUAAUAUAUGUGUUUGUUUUUGACAGUCUGUUAUAUUUUGCUAUGUAUAUAUGGAUCGAUAUUCCAUUAUAAUUGACAAUAUGUUUUUGUCCGUCCACUAACUAACAAACAUGUCUAACCUUGUUGUCACAUGACAUUACAACCAAUCAUGUU